ACAACGCUCCAGUGCUGUAUGUUAUAUAUUUAAAGGAAGGGGUUGUAUUUUAUAUUUUUAGGAGGUUUCUUGAUUGAGAAAAGUAAACAAUUUAACAUUAGAAUUUCCAUAUGAUUAUCCUGAAAUCCCUAAAACGUUUCCAUUGUCUUUCCUUCUUCCCAGAUUGUAACCAUGAGCAGAGCUGACUGAGAGCUGAAGAUGAGUCCCGGAGCCUGAACCUCUCCCUCUCUUCCAACAUGUAUCCCAUCACCUUCACCGCAACCAGGAACACCUCGCUGGUGGCCAACAGCAGUGUGGCCGCUAAUCAGAGCCAGGAUCCACUGGGAGGCCACACGGUGUGGCAGGUCACCCUGAUCGUGCUCUUCACCGGAGCACUCUCCCUCAUCACCAUCAUCGGGAACCUGCUGGUCAUGGUGGCCUUCAAGGUCAAUAGCCACUUGAAGACAGUCAAUAACUACUUUCUGCUGAGCCUGGCCUGUGCCGACCUUAUCCUGGGAACCGUCUCCAUGAACCUGUACACCACCUACAUCAUCAUGGGCCGCUGGGCUCUCGGGACCUUCUCCUGCGAUAUCUGGCUGGCCAUUGACUACGUGGCCAGCAACGCGUCGGUCAUGAAUCUCCUGAUCAUCAGCUUCGACCGCUUCUUCUCCGUCACGCGACCGCUUACCUACCGGGCAAAGAGGACGCCGAAACGGGCUGCCAUCAUGAUCACAAUGGCCUGGGCCAUUUCCUUUGUCCUCUGGGCCCCGGCCAUACUCUUCUGGCAGUACAUCGUGGGUGAAAGGACAGUUCCCUCGGAGCAGUGCUUCAUCCAGUUUCUCUCGCAGCCCAUCAUCACCUUCGGGACAGCCAUCGCGGCUUUCUAUCUACCCGUGACCAUCAUGAUCAUCCUGUACUGGAGGAUAUACCGGGAGACGGAGAACAGGGCCAAGGAACUGGCCGGGCUAAUGGGUUCUGAAAGCAGAGAGGCUUCAUCGCAGACUCAGCCAGCUUCUGGAAACAGCACCAAGUGCGACAGCAGCUGUGGAACCACCAACGGGCUUCAGAUACCCAGCUCAGGAUCCGAGAGUCCCUGCUGCCUCCAUGCAAAGAGACACUCCAGCAGGAAGGCCUAUCUGGAGCCCAGCAGCGAUGGGAGUUGGGUGAAUAUUGACGAAGAAGGAUACCCCGAGAACUCAACUUCAUCAGAAGACGACGAGCAGUCCCUGGAGAUGAAGACUCUCUGCUUCAUGGACAUCUGUCUGCCUCAGAUCCGAGCGGGGAGGGCUAGAGAGGGGAAGGAACUCCCCAGACCUAGGAAGGAGGUCCCUGGUUGCCUGGAAGACCGUCAUCUCUCCAGGGUGAUGAGAAAAGCCAGGAACGCUCCCCAGGAGUCAAAGAGAUCUUCCCAGCUGACCAUGGGCAGUCUCAGCUCCCUUGCCACCAGAGACAGCCUGCUCAAGAUGCAACCCAAAGGGAAGAAGCGAAAGAGACUGUCGCUAAUCAAGGAGAAGAAAGCAGCCAAGACCCUGAGCGCCAUCCUCCUGGCAUUCAUCAUCACAUGGACUCCCUACAACAUUAUGGUGCUCGUCUCCACCUUCUGCACGGGCUGCAUUCCCGAGACUCUCUGGCAGCUGGGAUACUGGCUCUGCUACGUCAACAGCACGGUCAACCCUGUGUGCUACGCGCUCUGCAAUAAGUCCUUCCGGGUCACUUUCAUGAUGCUGCUUCAGUGUCGUUGGGACAAGAGGAAGUGGAGUCGGCCUCACCAUCACAUACCCAGUUCCUUUCACCAGAAGUCCAGUAGUGCUGUAUAGACUGUUCAUACACUCCACUUGUUACACAGGGACACGGGAGCCCUGAAAUGAAGCGAUGGGCCCUUAUUGAAGGGCUAAGUGGUGUACGGAUUUUGGAAUCUUUCCUUCAGGAAAAUUGCAAAGCAACAACACUGAUAAGAAGAGCAGAAACAGAAGGAACUGGUUUUGCGACACAGCCUCUGCCCUGGUGUUUUGGGUCGUGCUUGAUCUUGGAUUCAUAUGUGAUGCUUCUCUUUCACUGGAUACAGGACCUGUAUAUGUGAAUUCACAAAAGUGUCCUUAUUGCAUUGAGGGUUGGUCCAUGUAUCCAAAUUAUAUUUCUUGGUUACUUUUGAUACGGGUGAUUUUAAAGUUAGUAGAGUGUUUUGUUAUAGUGUUGCUAAAUGCAGGAAAAUAGAGGGCUGUCUCAGGCCAUUCUGGAUUUCUCCGGAAAGGAGAAGACUAACAGUGGCAUUUUAGUGUUACAGUCUUUUAUUAUCACUUCAAAAAGAGCAAGACAGGUAAGCGUGUUGAUUGUAUCACCCAUAACCUGCACAAAUACGCACUACUACACAUUGCAAAACUGUAUUGCAGCAUGCAUAUACAAUUUCUAAUUAUAUUUGUUUGCGACAAGUCUCUCUUUACUUUGCAGGUUUUCCAUUAGUUCUCCUGCAACCACUCUAUACCCUUCCGGUCACUGCAUACCGUGUUUCGUUUCCUAGAUUUGCAGUGAGUUUAAUGCACAGACACCCGCGGUCAUAAUUAUGGGGUUGCUCAUGACUGUGGUGGGACAUUUAUUGCCCCCUUUGUCCAUUCAGACCCCUUCUUGCUAAAUAUCGUGGUACCCCAGAAUAGCAAAUUGUCUCCUCUUUAAUGCGAAGACUGUCCGUGAUCAUCUCACAAGUGCAGUGGCACCCCAACAUGUUAUCCAGCGUAUUAAGCUUUCAUACCACAUAUGAUUCCUUUCAAAACCAUGGCUGCAGUUUAAAAGAUUCAGCUCCACAGCUCUAAAUGAGAUUUCUUAUUUUGCCAAAGUGCAAAUACCUCUGGAAGCAAAAUGUGCCUUGCAAGAGAUUCAAACAUGUAAAAUAUUCAACGCCAUGGUGUAGCAUCAAACCAUUCAAGCAGUAUUCUAAGAAAAGUCAAGCUGAGCUGCUUCUAACAGUCGCUCAGGGCCUAUUCCCAGAUCAACCACCUUUUAGAGCCUUUUACAGCACUGGU